AUGACUUAUCGAGAUAUUAGCCAUCUAUGUGAAAUGACGCGCGUUCUUUCAUACCCACGUUUGAUCUCGAUGGAAAAUUUUCGUCAACCGAAUUUUCGUCUCGUGGCUGAAUUAAUGGCUUGGCUUGUUAAACAAUACGACCCAUUGAGUGAAGUUCCAACUGAGAUUGAACGUGAACAAGAUCGUGUUCUAUUUAUUCGUACUGUUGCUCAGAUAAUUGCUACUAAAGCACAUGUUAAAUUAAACACAAAAAAGCUUUAUCAAGCAGAUGGCUAUGCGGUCAAAGAGAUUCUAAAAGUGAUCACACCGCUCUAUAAAGCUUUAAGAGAUAGUGAGAGUAAAGAAUUAGAUGAUGAAGAUGAUCUUGAUCAUCGAUAUCGUUAUGCAAUGAAUGAUGACAUUGGAAUAUUGAAAACUGCUCGUUCGCUAUGUUCAACUAUUACUCAGAAAGGUGCUAAUCUACAUGAACUACUAGGGAAAGAAGUGGAAGCACGAGAAUCUCGUCAAGGUGUGAAGAAUCGGGAGGCGGUGUUAACCGAUGUCCGAGAUGGUAUUAAGGAAGCUGAAAAUGCAGCAAAAACUGAAGUGGGAAAAUACGAUAAACUAGUCGCGAAUGUUCAAAUCGAUGAAGUAGCACUCGAUGAAAAGAUCGCGAAACGCUUAGAAGAAAAAGAUCGUCAUCAACGUCGACUGGACAUGCUAAAGAGCGUCAGACCGUCAUUCAUGAAUGACUUCGAAAAAUUAGAAACGGAUCUCAAUGGUCUAUAUGAAGAUUAUGUAUUGAAAUAUCGAAUAUUGUCGUAUCUGGAAAAGGAACUAGAGGGACAUUUUCGAAAUCAACGGGAAAAAGUUCAAGAAGUAUCACGGCACUAUAUGCAAGCGAUUAACUCACAAAUGACUGAGCAAGAUCAGCAAAGAUUUAGUCGACAAUUACAAGAGCAUAAUGACGACAUCGGUGUCCAAAGUGAUGAGGAAGAUUCGGACGAAGAUGAUGAUGAUGAAGAUGAGGACGAUGAGGACGAGGGACAAGACGAUGAUGGUAUGGAUCAAGCGCCGACAUCCCAUGGAAACAAACUCACAAAUGGUAAAGGGUAUGGUGGUAUGACAGGUGAUUUAAGUGAUGAUGACCAGGAAGCACCACGUGGUGGACGAGGUCGAGGCGGUGGACAUCCUGGUAUGGAUGAUGAGGAUGAUGAGGAUGUACGAGGUAGACGAAAACAACAACGAAGACAACAACGCGCAACUUUUGAUGAUGACGAUGAGAAUUUCUAA